AUGGUUGUUCCUCUGGUGUUUCCCGACUUGACCAAAGCCGCGUCUUCGUCGGCGUCCUGUAACAGCUCCAUAUUCUCUAUUCCGUCUUCAACGUCCUCUAUCUCCGGCGAGUCGUCAAACUGGCCCAGCUCUGUGUUUUCUAUGUCUUCUGCGUCCUCCUCGUCUUUGUACGAACGGUCGUCCCCAGACCCCUCGUCGUCAACAAUGAACCGAUCCAGCUCUGCCUUUUCCUGGGUCGAAAUGAUUUCUGGCUCGUCACUAUCGCAAUUGAACGAGUCCUCUACAUCCACCUGA